AUUUUCCCUCUGUCUGCUUUAACCAGGUACGCUUAAACGAGAAGUGGUCGCCUUUUUUUGUUUGUUUGUUUUAGCUGUUUUCUGUUUCAACUACCUACUUGAGCUUUGGGUUUGAUUUGGGGGUUGAGUGACUCGGGGAACUGAUUCAAGGGAAUUGACUUGGUUCGGGGAAUUAAUUUAAGAAAAUGCACCUAAUUCGGGGAAUUGAUUCAAAGGAAAUUUGGCCUAGUUCGGGGAAUUCGUUCAUGGGAAUUCGUUCAUGGGAAUUCGUUCAAGGAAACUGGUUCAAGGGAAUUUGGUCAAGGAACUUUGGCCUGAUUCGGGGAAUUUUGUCGAAAGGAAUUGCUUUGACUUGAAGAAAUUAGCUUAAUUCGUGAUCCUGUUGAAUUCGUAACCCGUUAAUUAGCGAUAUUAUUUUUGCUUUAGACGAUAUUAUCAACGUAUUAGGUAUUAAAUUUUAUUUGGGGUUCUUCAGAUCUAUAACCUGCAAAAUGGUGGGAAGCCGGGUUUUACAGUUUGCACUCAGCGGAUUUCCCUUUUGGGUAAAGUGCAGGUUGUGCUCUUAUCUACUCUACUUUUUUUUUGCAGAUUGGCUAUUCUGGGGUUCUCUGCUUAAUAAUUUUCAAGCUUUAAUCAGAAC